AUGCGUCCCGUCAUCGCCCUAGCCCUCCUCGCCUCCUCCCUCUGCCCCCUCGCCGCGGCCGCCGACGCCUCGUGCCCGGACGGCGCAGACGUCAUCGUAAACACCUGCCUCGACCAGCAGAACGCCAUCCUGGCCACCUGCACCGACGGCGACUGGGACUGCAAGUGCCACGCCUGGCAGUCCAUCGUGCAGUGCUUCAUCAACUGCCCCUCCGACCCGCGCAAGCAGACCAACGAGGGCCAGCAGUCCAUCUUCUGCGGCUACGCCUCGCAGUACCCUUCCUCCACCAAGGCCGUCUCCGCCGGCGCCGCCAGCACCGCCGGCGGCUCCAAGGGGCCCGAGCAGAGCGCGGCCGCCGCGACUCCUGCUACUACCACCGCUUCGAAACAGGGAGCCGGCAGCAGCGGCACGCCGACUAGCUCGCCGACGGCCGUGGCGAAGAACGGCGCCGUGGGCGCGCGCGAGCGGGUGCUCAACGUCGGCGGUGCCAUCGCCGCCGUUGCUGUCGGUGCCAUCGCUGUCCUGUAA